GAAACCCGCUAGUCUCGCAGCACUGCUCGCCCCGUGGAUUUCCCGUGUGAAUGUCACUGUCCGCCGAUUGCACUGCCCACCGCACCAUCAGAGUAACCAUCCUGCCGAUCCGAUCAGCCGUGUGAACUCAGCGACUGCGUGAACCCAAUGACAACGAUGCACCGCCGCCUUUGUGGACCGAGGGAAUCUCUGAAAUCUGGGUGCAAGUGACAAGCGGCGAGCGGAUUCAAAGCACUCGGAAUAGAGGCAGUGCCAGCCAACGAUAUAAAAACCAAAUCCUGACCAGCACAGCGACGAGAUGAAGCUGCUGGGCAAAUACGUGGACAAGGGCAUGCAGGGAAAUGUGACCCUGAUGCCCGAGGAGUCGGAGGACAUGUGGCACGCCUUCAAUUUGAUAGCCGAGGGCGACAGCGUGCGCAGCACCACCAUUCGCAAGGUGCAAAACGAAACGGCCACCGGCUCCUCCACCAGCAGUCGAGUGCGCACCACUCUGACCAUCGCCGUGGAGAGCAUUGACUUCGACACCCAGGCCUGUGUGCUCCGACUAAAGGGGCGGAACAUCGAGGAGAACCAGUACGUCAAAAUGGGUGCCUAUCACACCCUCGACUUGGAGCUGAACCGCAAGUUCGAGCUGCGCAAACCGGAGUGGGACACCAUCGCCCUGGAGCGCAUCGAGAUGGCCUGCGAUCCCACACAGUCGGCGGACGUGGCCGCCGUGGUGAUGCAGGAGGGACUGGCCCACGUUUGCCUGAUCACUGCCAGCAUGACUCUGGUGCGGAGCAAGAUUGAGGUCUCCAUUCCGCGCAAGCGAAAGGGCAGCGUGCAGCAGCACGAGAAGGGACUGGCCAAGUUCUACGAGCAGGUCAUGCAGAGCAUCCUGCGGCACGUUAACUUCGAUGUGGUCAAGUGCGUGCUGAUUGCCUCGCCGGGCUUUGUGCGGGAUCAGUUCUACGACUACAUGUUCCAGCAAGCGGUCAAGAUGGACUACAAGAUUCUGCUGGACAACAAGAGCAAGUUCAUGCUGGUGCACGCCUCGUCGGGAUUUAAGCACUCCCUAAAGGAGGUUCUUCAAGAUCCUGCCGUGCUGGCCAAAAUGUCCGACACCAAGGCCGCUGGCGAGGUCAAGGUCCUGGAGCAAUUCUACAUGAUGCUGCAAUGUGAACCGGCCAAGGCUUUCUACGGCAAGAAGCACGUCCUCCAAGCCGCCGAAUCCCAGGCCAUCGAAACGCUACUCAUCUCGGACAACCUCUUUCGCUGCCAAGAUGUUAAUCUGAGGAAGGAAUAUGUAAAUCUGGUGGAAUCAGUUCGGGAUGCUGGAGGCGAAGUGAAAAUAUUUUCCAGCAUGCACAUUUCAGGAGAACAACUUGCUCAACUGACUGGCGUAGCGGCACUACUGCGAUUCCCGAUGCCCGAACUGGAGGACAGCGAUGAUGAUGAUGACGAAGAUGGAGCGGCGGGCGGAGCAGAUGGCGAUAGCGACUAGGAUGAUAAUUAGGAUGUAAUCACUAUAGAAGCUCGAUGGAAUGGAAUCUUGGCAUUUGUUAACGGAAGUAAUUGACUUAGGAACUCAACUAGCGAUCGAUAUACAAGUAGACUAAUAGGAACCACGACAGACUUGGACUGCGUCAGGGCAUAUACAAUAUACAUAGUGCUAAUUCGAUACGAUAUACACACAAAUAAUUACUUAAGUUUAACCGUGGCUUGGCCUAAAACUUCGUAGUCAGAAAGCCACUCAAAAAAAAAGUUGUUCUACACUUUGUGUUCAAUGAAAUGGCCACAAUUAUUGAUAGCAAAUGAUUUAUUGCUUGAUUUAACCCUUCAAGGAAAUUGAGUUGCUGUUGACAGCCGCGUUUAAGGUUUUUGUCAGUAAUUGUGUAAAAACUGUAUACCUUUUCUUAAACACUUAAAUAUAAUGUUUACUUUUUGGUAGAAUGCAGAAUAGAGUUUUAAAAAAUAUACUUCCUACAUAUAUUUGAUUGAAUUACUUUUAAAUUUUCAUUGUUAAUAAAAGGGAUUUUAUGCAA